AUUUUCACCUACGCCCUCGAGUAUCAGACCAAGUUUGGUAGGCUACCUCAACUUCCUACUGACCUUUCGGCCAAGCUGGCUGCUUUCAAGCGUGAUCCGGACGCAUUCAUAGCCUCUGAGUGUGCCGUGGCUGCCUCACCCAACAGGUCCUGUCAACUGGAGACACUUGUUAGAUUGCGAGACGUAUUUCGUAUCCACUAUACCCGUUUUGAAGUCAGCCGAAUGUACCGCGGCCUCGGACUAUUCGCCUUGGGCUUGCUGCAUCUCUUCGCCUUCUCGCCUUAUCUGACAUCUUGCCGGUUGUUUUUCCACUCAUUCAGCUCGUGGCAAAAGCAAGUGAAGUUUAUCUCUAAAGGGAGCAACGCCAUGCAUCAUAAUGCGAAUGAGUUCGGGCCUGAAGCUGUGUCUGCCAAUAUGGGAUCCCUUUUUGCCUCAUUUCCCAAUUUUCCACUGAAAUUCCCUUUUUUGAAUGAUGGCAAAAUGCGCCAAUUAGCUUGUUGUCUUCUUUUGACAUUUCUGAUCACUACCUGUCUGCUGCCACUCUUUGCCGACCCGCUCCUGUUUAAUUCAGACGCAGACAGAAGUGGAGCCAAUAAAAUGCCAUACUUAAUCACGGCUUUUAUUGUUCUCUCGGCUUUGGCAUCUUUAGCACUUUUCAUCUUUCUUCUCGCUUGUAACAUGCUCUCCAAAGUCCCUUAUUCUGCUUCCACGACUGAAACAUCAACGCUCAACUUUCUCCGAUCAUUUCCGUUUCGCCAAUUACUUGAUUGGCCUGCUGUCCUUCCUCUAUCUGCCUGUUUGACUGGCGUCUGUCUAAUCUACAGCUCAAAUAGCUUUGUGGUUCGUGAGGCUACUGUACUGCAUUUUUUUACACAAUCCAUACUUUUGACCACUGUCAGUCUUCCUGCAAUCUAUAAAAGUACUGCACGACUCUCUCGUGGUUACAGGCAAGGAAUCGGAUCAGCCUCCGGCCCUGGGCCAGAACUCGGCUCCAGAUCUCGUCUGCAAUUGGGAUCGGAAUCUAUAUCCUUUCUUUGGCCAAGAACCGUUAUACGUUACGGAACACAGCGGAUUCUAUCUGCCUUUUAUUAUCUGCUUCCCUUUGGCCGCCUGCUCUUGCUUCAUUUUGCGUUGCGAAUCUGUCUUUUUCUUGAAGUCUGUCGAGAAGAGUCUCCGACCUCCAAGUCCGACUGUCGGCCGCCCAGCGACCCUUGGCUAGUUCGACCGCUCUCUAGCCUUUCUGUAGACAAUGGAUCAGAUGAAAGCCAGCUACUGAUGGUAUAA